AUGGCGGUUACAUGGGUUGUGCCUAAGCGUGAAUGUGGGCACCAGUAUGGAGCGGCGGAUGAAGCAGGGUAUAGCAGCGAGCGGGGCAGUGGGCAUCAGAUCCAGGAGAACCAGGUUCUCUCACUCCUUCUAUUUUUGCUUAUUUGGUCGCGUCUCUCCCUGGCCAGUGGGGAUGUUGAACACCAAUGCCCGCUUCGAUACCUGGUCGGAAAGAUCGGUGUAUUACAUACAGUAAUGGUUCAAUUUGGAAUUGAUGCGUCAUCCUUAGCUCGGUCAGAGCCUCACCUGCCAUCUUUGCAACCUCCGUGGCAUCUAGCUGAAGCCCUGUUCUUAGCAUCCUUCUUACUCUAUCUGGGCUUGACGAGCCUUGGAAACCUGAUUGGGAUCCUUGAUUCAACGGAAGGUUGGGGAGAAGGAGAGUGCGAGGAUUGGGAUGGUGUUUUUGCAUAUGGCGAACCUGAGCGAUGA